AUGAAUAUCAACAGUAGAAUAUCAUCCACCUUCAAUAAGUACAAUUUCUCCCUGAUUUCAUCUCGAUUUCGCUUCGGUUUGUCCACUCAAUCUCCCUCACUCCGCAAUCGCCCUUCUCGUUCGAGCUUUUUCCAGGUGUGGGUUGAAAGAGAUUUGGGGAUUCAGAAAAACAACAGGUUAAAGGAUGAUGUGAAGAAGGUUGAAGAUUGGGUGAAUAUGUGCGUUUUAGGGAUUGAAGGAGGAGGAUUUAAAGGAAAGGUGAUUUGGGGUUGA